AUGGCAGCCACGUCAAAGACAAAAAAUAUCACAAAAAGCAAAGGCAAGGGAAAAACAAGUCAUGUGAAAAUCAAUAAUAAAAGAAUGAACAAAAAGAAAAAAAAACUCAACAAAAAGAAAAUUCAGAAUAAUGAAAUGGAAAAAGUUCUGGUUGAGAAUGAAGCAGAAGAAAUUCCACUGCAAGAAGAAGAUUUUGAAUAUUUUGGAUCGGACCAAGCAGAUUUGGCAUUUAUUAAAAGAGUAAAACACAACUUUGGUAUACGACAAAAGAAAAAAACUGAAUUUAAUGAAGAAGCAUUCUAUGAAAAGGCUUCAAGAAACAGUUUUUAUCAGGAAGACGAUAAAGUUUACAAGCCUUUAUUGCCUGUAAAAAUUAACAACAAACUUAUUCCACAAGUUCAAGAGGUUGCUGCUAAUAAAAAUAUAGAAAUUGAAGAAGAUGAAUGCAAAAAGGAAGAUGCACAAUUGGAGGGAGUGGAACAUAAUGUUUGUGCUGCAGAAGAAAUGUUUGAAAAGAAACAGAAAUUGGCAGACACCAAACAGAAAAUGGCUUUAGUUGCUCUCUCUAUUAUUGAGAAUCCACAAGAGAAGUUUAGUGGAUUGCGGCAACUAAGACUUAUACUUGAAGAUGAUGAUGCAGAGUUAAAGGUGAUAGUUAGAAAACUUGGCAUGGUAACUUUAAUGGAAGUGUUUAGGGACAUCAUUCCUAGCUAUAAGAUACGCAAGUUAACUGAUAAAGAAUUGCAGCAAAAGACCUCAAAAGAAACAAAAUCUUUACAAAACUAUGAAGAAUCUUUGCUUGUUUCCUACAAGCACUAUUUGGAAUAUCUGUGGUCAGUUGUUUCAGGGGCACAACAAAAAACUGAAUAUUCAGAUAUAAAUCAACAGGAUCACAAGAUUAUGAAGGAAGUUGCUAUUCAAUGUCUUUGUGAAUUGUUGAUCAACUGCCAUCAUUUCAACUUCAGGAAGGAUUUGAUUUCAUUUGUAGUGCCAUGCAUGAAUCUCUUCAACAAAAAGGGAUCUGAAACUGCAUGUGAGGCUAUAAAACAAGUGUUUCAAUCAGACAAACUUGGAGCUACAACACUUGAGAUUGUAAAAGCCAUUGAAAAUUUUAUCAAAAUCAAGAAGAUGCAAGUAAGACCAUCAAUGUUAAAUACAUUUCUAUCAUUGAAAAUCAAGGAAAUCGAGACAAAUCCUGUAGCAGGAAAGGUGGAAAAAGAAAAACGAAAACGGAAAAUGAUGAAUAUGUCCCGCGGUCAAAAAAAGCGAGAGAAGCAAAUGGAGCAGUUGAGACAGGAACUUUUGGAAACGAAAGCCUAUGAAGACAAAAAGAAGAAAUGUGAAUUUAACACACUGACAAUUCAGCAUGGAUUGGCCAAGUUUGCUCACUUUAUUAAUAUUGAUUAUUUUGGUGAUCUGUUUUCUAUUCUCAACCAGUUGAUUGCUAGUGUGGAACUGACAACUCAACAAUCUCUUCACUGUGCACUUACAGCUUUCAUCAUAUUAUCAGGUCAAGGGAAGGUUCUAAACGUGGAUCCCAUACAAUUUUACAAGCAUGUUUAUGCAAAUUUAGUUAGAGUUGAUGCAGGCUCAACAAAUGCUGAUCUUAAUAUAAUCUUAGAGUGUUUAGAGGCAAUGAUUUUUAAACGUAAGAAGCAGUUGACCAAAUCACGUAUAAUGGCCUUCAUGAAGCGUCUCUCUACUCUGUGUCUUCAUGCAUUACCUGAAAUCUUCUAUAGCUCUCCUUGGCGUUGUUCGAAGUAUUGUUCAUACAUAAUGUUUGAGAAUGAUUACUUGUCAGGUAGUGGUGCCUUUAUGCCUGAAUUAAGUGAUCCAGAGUAUUGUAAUGCCAGCAACACUUGCUUAUGGGAACUUCAUCUUUUAAAGAAUCAUGUAUGUCCAAAUGUCAGUUCCUUUGCCAAUCAUGUCAUUCAUCAGGCACCAUUAGCUGGAACAGGAAAAUUGCCAUCUCACCUGGCCAAAUUGUCUGCCAUGGAAUUAUAUGAGAAAUUUUCUGCUGAAUCUACAAUCUUUGGCAAUGGCUAA